UGCUGCUCUCGCCCAGUGCAUUGUGGUCUGUGUGCUAAAGGAAGCUGCUACACCGGAAUCUGAAGAAUUUGAAGUGUCCGCCAAGUCUACUGUUCAUCGUCGGCUGGUCGUUUUAUACCUCUAUCUGCACCAUACUCUCUGUUGACAGGCUGUAAGGUUUAACAAGCAGAAAAAAAUGUCUCAGGCCGACAAAAUGAAGCAGGGCCAGUUCAGCAACCCUGAAACCCCAGGGUACGUUGGAUUUGCCAACCUACCUAAUCAGGUUCAUCGCAAGUCUGUAAAAAAAGGAUUUGAGUUUACAUUGAUGGUGGUAGGCGAAUCUGGACUUGGAAAAUCCACCCUGAUCAACAGCCUGUUCCUCACCGACCUUUACCCUGAGAGGAUCAUCCCUGGCGCAGCAGAAAAGAUAGAAAGGACGGUUCAGAUUGAGGCGUCGACGGUAGAAAUUGAGGAGCGAGGAGUGAAGCUCCGCCUCACCGUGGUAGACACACCAGGAUACGGAGACGCCAUCAACAGCCAAGACUGUUUCAGUACCAUUAUCAGCUACAUUGAUGACCAGUUUGAGCGCUACCUCCACGACGAGAGCGGUCUAAAUCGUAGACACAUUGUUGACAAUAGAGUUCACUGCUGCUUCUAUUUCAUUUCCCCGCUUGGCCAUGGCCUGAAACCCCUGGAUGUUCAGUUUAUGAAGGCCAUUCACAAUAAGGUCAACGUGGUUCCUGUCAUCGCCAAGGCAGACACGCUCACCCUCCGAGAGAGGGAGAGGCUCAAGCGCAGGGUUCUGGAUGAGAUCGAUGAACACGGCAUCAAGAUUUACCACCUCCCUGACGCCGAGUCGGACGAGGACGAGGACUUCAAAGAGCAGACCCGGAUCCUCAAGGCUAGCAUCCCAUUCGCGGUGGUGGGAUCCAACCAGCAGAUUGAGGCCAAGGGGAAGAAGGUGAGGGGCCGCCUGUACCCCUGGGGAGUGGUAGAAGUGGAGAAUCCAGAACACAACGACUUCCUCAAGCUGCGGAUCAUGCUGAUAACCCACAUGCAGGAUCUACAGGAAGUGACCCAGGACCUUCACUACGAGAACUUCCGCUCGGAGCGCCUCAAGCGGGGUGGCAGGUUGUCCUCCCAUGGUUACGUUCUGCCUCUGUCUCCUGCAAAGGGGCCGGAGCCGGAGGAAAUGGACAAAGAUAUCAUCCUGCAGGAGAAGGAGGCUGAGUUGAGACGAAUGCAGGAGAUGAUUGCCAAGAUGCAGGCCCAGAUGCAGAAGCAGGGAGACGGGGAGGGAGACGGCCCCCAUGUGGGAAAAGUCUAAGGUAUUUGAGCCACUGCUCCAGCUUGACCAGAGAGAGACGGAUGAUAGCAGAGAACGUGUAAAGGCUAUCUGGUUAUUGACUCGUUCUGCUUGCCACUAUUUUUAUUCCAAUCCUACAUGGGAUCUGGAGUCUUUUUUUUUUUUUUUCUUUUUUUAUACAUACAGUAAAGUAUAUUCAAACAGUGUUAUGUUUAUAUAUUUUCACACGGUUCUAUUUUCUUCAUUUUUAAAAAACAUUUUGUUUCAUUUUAUUCAACUUUUGCCAGUUACUCAAAUGAAGUCACGUUACCCACCUUUUUAAAAAUGGUGGCAUUUAUAUCUUUGAUACAAACUUUUACUUUUUUGUUCCCUUUUUUUUUUCUCAAUUUAGAAAACCAAAGUACUGCUGCUUGUAUUCAGUGCUUUUAGUUCUAAAACAUCUCUCAAAGCACACGCUAACAUUUGCUCUGUGAAAGAGCUCCGUUGGGAGAGUCAGCUUAAACUAGUAGCACGAGUAGCUUUUUCUGCCAUUGUUAUGCCAUUAUCUCCAUGUUCUUUUUGUCAAAGAGAAAACGUGAUUUCAUAUUCCCUCCUGAUUUAAGAAAUAAUCACCCAUAAGCUCCCCAUUAAAUAGGCUCCAGCCUGCUCAGUGUUAAUCAUAUUACCCACCUCAGCCUGCAUGCAACUCUGGACCCCGUCUGGUCAAAUCUUCAGGUGAAUUUUCCCUCUAGUGCUGCGUUGGGAUCAGCGUCUCCCUUUUCCUUUCAAAGUCUUAUCCAUUGGUGCAGUUCUCAGAUCAGUGUUGUUGAGCUCCAUUUUUGAGUUUGAAAUGAAUAAACUGUGACCCUUGACCUCUUCCAGUCUUCCUGACAAAUGAAGGACGUGCAAACGAGGAGUGACGCCUCUUGUUUGGUGCUCUCAGUCAACUAGAAGUAAUGCCGCCACGUUUCCUCCGCACUGCAAAGCGAAGCUAUGUGCCAGCCAGGGAGCAUUAGCUGUUGUGUGUUCUCAUUGAUGCUGCGAGAUUUAAGAGGCAUCAACCUUUUUUUUUUUUUUCUCUCGUCCCAACUGCUGAUUACUUUGUGGUUUCUAUGACCACAGAGAUGAAAAGUGACCCGAUGAGGUCAGCGUAGCCGUUUCCCUCACCAGCCAAGGUGUGAGUUCUUGACAUUCCUCUUUGUGCUGUUUUUAUCCAAUAUUAAAGCAACAAAUCUUGUUCUUGAUGCAUAUAUUGUAAUAAGUUUUAUUAAACUUUAUUAAUCUCCUGUGA